AUGCGCUCCUCCGACCCGGCUGCUGCCUCCGCUUCUGCCCGGGUGCACCUCUGCCUCCUGCAUCUCCUGCUGCUGCUGCUGUGGCCCACGCCUUUGGGCGGCAUGGAGAACCCCAAAGGAAAGCAGAAAUCGCAGCUCCGUCCCAGGGAGGUUGUGGACCUGUAUAAUGGAAUGUGCAUACAAGGGCCUGCUGGGGUACCUGGCAGAGAUGGAAAUCCAGGAGCCAAUGGCAUCCCGGGUACUCCUGGAAUCCCAGGUCGGGAUGGAUUCAAAGGUGAAAAGGGCGAAUGUCUGAGAGAAACCUUUGAAGAGACCUGGUCACCCAACUAUAAACAGUGUUCAUGGAGUGCACUUAACUAUGGGAUAGAUCUUGGGAAAAUCGCAGAAUGCACAUUCACAAAGAUGCGCUCUAACAGUGCUCUCAGGGUACUUUUUAGUGGAUCCCUUCGACUGAAAUGCAAAAGCGCCUGCUGUCAGCGGUGGUAUUUUACAUUCAAUGGGGCUGAAUGCUCAGGACCACUUCCCAUCGAGGCCAUAAUUUAUUUGGAUCAAGGAAGCCCAGAAAUGAAUUCCACUAUUAACAUUCAUCGAACUUCUUCAGUGGAAGGUCUGUGUGAAGGAAUCAGCGCUGGGUUGGUGGACAUUGCUGUCUGGGUUGGCACCUGCGCAGAUUACCCCAAAGGAGAUGCCUCAACUGGAUGGAAUUCAGUGUCCAGAAUCAUUAUUGAAGAACUCCCAAAAUGAAUUCUGCAAGUCCUAAUCCCCUACCUCUUUUUGAAUACAUUUUAAACAGUUUAUUUUAAGAAACAUUUUGUACUUUGAAAAAAUAAGUUAAACUUUUUUUGACAGAUGUAAUCUAGUAGUGUAUAUUCAGACUUUCUUCUUUUUUUUAAAUGUCGUGUUACAAAUGUUUAAGACAGUUUGAGAAAUUUGCUGUUGGUACAAAUGCUUCCCCACCCCCCCACGCCCGCCCCAAACUCUCAUCCCCAGGUCUCAUUACUAACAGCCUCAUUUUUGUCAGACAGGCUUUCU